GUGACCGUGUGGGAGUUGAUGACUUUUGGCUCAAAGCCCUAUGACGGCAUCCCAGCGAGUGGAAUUGCAAGCAUUCUGGAAAAAGGAGAGCGUCUCCCACAGCCUCCCAUCUGCACCAUUGAUGUCUACAUGAUUAUGGUCAAAUGCUGGAUGAUUGAUGCUGACAGCAGGCCCAAGUUCCGGGAGCUCAUGGCAGAGUUCUCCAAAAUGGCUCGAGAUCCUCCACGCUAUCUCGUCAUUCAGGGAGAUGAAAGGAUGCACUUGCCGAGCCCCACGGACUCCAAAUUCUUCCGCAGCUUAAUGGAUGAGGAUGACAUGGAGGACGCCGUGGAUGCAGAGGAGUAUCUCAUUCCCUACAGAGGCUUUUUUGGAAGUCCUUCCAUUUCUAGGACUCAGCUCUUGAACUCAACGAGUGUCGGCAGCAAUGUGGGGGUGGCAGCCUGCUCAAACCGGAACGGGCAUGGAUGCCCAAUGAGGGAGGACAGCCUGGUCCAUCGAUACUGCACGGACCCCACGACCUUCAUGCCGAAUGGUUUUCUGGAAACGGAUUUUCAGCCGGCUGCAGAAUACGUCAACCAGAAUGGCCAGACGAUGUCCAAUGUCAUGAACCCCAUUUACCAGGAUGUCCUCUUGCCGACCAGGACCAGCCAGCAGACACCAGACAUGGAGUCACACUACCUGAACUCGUUUGAGGGUAAAGCCGAGGACCAUCCCGAGUAUCAGAACGCCAGCUCCAUGGACCCCCGCAGGCCCGUCUUUGACAGCCCACGCUAUUGUGAGGAUGUCUUCAUCCACCAAACCAGUCUAGACAAUCCGGACUACCAGCAAGACUUUGUUCCUGUGAAAUCCAAGCCUAACGGACACUUGCCUGCCGCAGAGAACGUGGAGUACUUGGGUUUAACGGCGUAGCCCGAGGCCGAUUGGCCCGCCGUCACAGGAUUCUGCAAUUUUAUGGAUUUUUAGCACGUUUUUUUUUUUUGAAAUAUAGGAAGCACUAUUGAUCUGGACAGUGGAAAAUUUUGGGGGGGAUUGGCACCAGAAAUGUAGACCACUGCUUCUGGCGAGAUGUAGGGCGGACAUUUGCCCGUCGCUAUGGCCGAGAUGGACGGCUCUGCUUGGCUCUCUCAUGACUCAGUUGAGAGGAAUGUGAUGCGAAACUUCUGGGCUGAGGACUUCGCCUGCCCCGUGGAGUCAAAAAGGACAAAUAAAUCGAAUGGCUGGCACACUGAAACUGAGCCUCAGGACGUUGUGCUCGUGGGUGCCCCAGCCAAACUGAGAUCGUAAUGUUUGUAUAAAUAUAUAAACGUAUAUCAUAUUUUCUUAAAUAUAUUGCAAAGGAAACCAACGGACGGAAUACAAUAGUAUACAGUUUGGGAGAAAAGACAACGGUACAAGCAGGGUGGAACUGAUGACAUUUCCAGACUUUUCCCAAUCCUGCAUCUUCAUCCCGACUGUUGGGAAUCCUGUGGAUAUUUGGUUGGAAUUUUUUUUUAAACUGUUGUCAUUUGAACAAAAGACAAGAAACUGUGAGCGUGUCUCCGGCCGCGUGUGUGUGUGUGUGUGUGCGUGUGAGAGUCGUGCCAAAUUCUUUGAACUUGACAGCAGGAUUGUGAAUUAUUUUUUGUUCCAAUGUCAGUAAAUCUUUAUUUUAUAUAGCGCCUUUCACAGGAGGUGCUAUCAAAAAAAAAAAGUAGCACUUUACAGAGCAAACUAUAAAUGGUGGAAUUUGAAAUAUGAAACUGUUCACAGUGCUGUCUCAAAAAUGCCAUAUCCGCGGAAACUACCUGGUUUUUAUUUUUGUAUAGCGCCUUCCACAGUCCACCCUUAAAAGUGCUAGUAGAUCUGCAGUAUCCUUAAAAUGAUGGAAAUCCCUGCUAGGGUACAUGGUGCCUUCCUCAAAACAGUUUCAAAUCCACAGAAAUGACCCCAUCUUUGUCUUAUAUGGCACCUCUGACAGAGGGGCACCACCUUCAAAAAGCACUUUACAGCACAAUUAUAAAUAUGGGACGUGAACGUGUUCAUUUUAUACAGUUUUCCACAACGUAGUCUCAAAAUCUACAAACUCUACAGAAAUCACCUGGUCUUUAUUGUAUAUAGCGCCUUUCAUAAAGCUAACAAUAUUAGUUAACAAUAUUCCUAAUCCCCUAAAUGUUAUGUAGCAGACUCCACAGAGUGUCACUGAGUCCAUUCCAGUAAACGCCAAAUCCAAACAAAUGAGCCCACCUCUAUGUUAUGACGUAGCACCUUCCACAGGGGGGCGCUGUCAGAGAGCACUUUACAGAACUUGCGCAAAUCAAACACGACACUGUUCACUUCAUUCUCACGGGAACCCUGAUGAGCGCCAUUCAUACUGCGCUCUCAAAGCGGCCCCCGUCUUCCUUUAGUCGCUGAUCUGCAGGCAUUUCCCAUAUGGCGCCUUUCACUGUAGACGUACGCAGUUUUAUUGAACGUUCCGUACCCCUUAGCUGAAUCUGCUCGUUCCAGCCCAGGAUUGUGGUGGCAGCUGGAGCAAGUGGUAGGGCGCGUGUCCCACUAACCAACAGUUUUCUAAUUCUACCCAACUCAGCCAGGCUUUAUUUUCUAUGGCAGCUUUUAUUUGCUGGAAAUAUCUAGAAGCAAUUCCAGUUCUGAAAUGAAAGAAGAAUUGGCCUGUUUUUUUUUUUUUUUUAUUUUGCGCCUUUUUAAAAUAUGGUGUACUUCUCAUCCACCCUAAUAAAAGGAUAAGCGUCUGUGUGUC